CUCACCAAGUAAGGUUCUGCAAUGAAGACCUUCUCAUUAUCCAUCCUCAUCAGUGCCCUUCUCUCUCGUACAAAUGCUGCGGAGCAGAAACAUAUCGAUGAGGCCUGCAGCGAUGUUUGGGGCGUCAUCAACUGUGACAGCAGUGUUACCUAUCCUUACGAUGCAGUAGGCAUUUAUGACAAUACCGGUACCCAGACAGAUAUAAAGAUCAUGACUGAAGAAGUCAAUAUCUGUGACGCUGUCCGAAACGCACUUGGCAGUGACGACUUCGUAAAUAACGCCGAAACAUACUGCAGUUGUCUUUCAAAUGCCGUUUACUGGGGUACCAGUUCAAAUGCUAAGCCAAGUUUCGAUGGUCAGAUCAAUGCGCAUAUAACAGGACCAUAUCUUGACUGGAUACACAAAGAUGAAACUUGCCUUUCCAACAAUGAUUACACCAUAAUAACAGACAGAGCAUCGGUGGUCAAGAACCAGCUUGCAGCUACAAAUGGCUGGACGUUCGUUCGAGCUCCCGAGGUUGAUGUAGCAACAUAUAAGAGGCUUGCCAAAGCAGUGAUGUCUUGUUAUACAGGGACAUGUGAUGGACCAAAAGUUCGUGCCUUUUUCGCCAGUUACGUUGAAAACGCAGACAGUGUCAUCGACAGUGACUUUGUCCGAAUGCUCAACAAAUGGACUGUCUUAUUCGCAACUCUCAAGAAAAGGACUACAGAUGUUCAGACAUAUGCGAAGCAAGUUCAAGCACGUCUGAAGACUGUUUCCUCCAAGGUCAACUCAAUCAAGGCAAACGUCUGCAAGAACAAUGCCUGCAAGGGCUCGACCCCAGCGAACGCGUUCAAGAAGUACUCAAGCACGAUCGCGACAGUCAAGAGUCUACAGGGUGUCCCUAAUGCUGCUGGCAAGUCACUUGCGAACAUCCCCAAGAUGACGCAGAUUACUCGGAAUGCUAUCAAGUACACCACAACCCCAGCGGAUGAAACCUAUUAUCUAAAUUUGAUGAAUGAAUAUCAUAUCAACUCUCUUCGAGAUGUUAUCAAAGCUUUCAGGGUGACUCAAUAUCUCCCCCAGGCAGCAGAAGAUUUGAAGAAGCUCACUGGGACCUUCAACCUCAUCAGCAACCACGCGGGCGCCGCAAAAGCUGGCGCUACUUCCAUUAACCAGAUUAUAUCUGUCAACUGGGUCAGAAACUCUGAGCUGUCUAAAACUGCAUCAGGCCGCAAAGUCCGCGAUGGUCUUAUCAACAUUCAGAAGAGCUUCAGGAACGACCUCAAAGGCCCUCUCGAUAACCUCAUCAAGGCCAACAAAGCGGUAGAAGACAUUCUAGUUCAGCUACCCCUUCGGAAGAAGAGGCUUGAAUUUGCCUCUGGUGGUGUUUCUUACAACCGCUGGACCAACGCUCGAAUGCCUGUGCCGUGCAAGAAGGAGGCCACGAAAUCGUAUUCGCUUGGAGGCUUUUCGAAGGAUUAUACCUAUCAACAAGUCCUAGCUUUGUCUACUGAUAUGUGA